AUGUCGCUGGAGACUCCUGUUGGACUGAGACGGUUUCCCGUCACGAAGCUGUGUAUGGUUACUGGUAUAGUUGUGCCUGUGGUGGCGGCGCUUACGGAGACGAAGUAUGUGUUUAAGGCGACCUACGAUCCGUUUAUCAAAGAGUAUGGGCAGUACUACCGGUACCUGACGUACCAGCUCAGCAGUGUCAAUGAGACAGAUGUGGCGCUGAUAGUGUUGCUGUUCUACCAGUAUCGGCAGCUAGAGAGGUUAUUUGGGAACGAGAAGUAUCUGAGCAUGCUGGCCAUGUUGAUCUUCUACCAAGGGUUAGCCACAGUUUCCGUGCACCUACUGUUUAACAACUUGGUGGGGCCCUGGCUUGGGACGCAGUGGAAUGAGCUCGCGAGUGGUGCGUUUGGAGUGGUGAUAGGACUGUUCCAUUUCUACAAGCAGUAUACGCCUAUCGUUUAUGAGUUUGACAUUGUGCUGGGUGCGCCAUUGUGGUCGCAGUUGUUCCACAAGGGCGUGAUACGAAGGUUUGAUAACGAGAACAAGAGUAUGAAAGUGCGGUUGAAUGACCAGUUCAUGGUGAAUGUGCUAGUGAUAAUACUGAUAUGCAACCAGGGGGCCUGGGGGCCCUUACAAGCGCUUGUGGCGUGGUUAUCGGGGCUGUUCCUGGAUAUCGGGAUCUUGCCCGGCCUGGACAAGUGGAGAGUGCCCUUUGCGCACUACAUGUUGUUUGGAGAGGUCAAAAGACUGGAAGUGGGCAGCACGAGCGCUAACACGAGUGCAUCACUGGGCGGGAACAGCGUCACGCAGCUGGCAAACAACUCUGCGUCGUCGCAACUUGAAGAGGACAAUGAGAACGACGAGCCCAACGACGAGCCCGCCAGGCCACUUGGUGUGCAAUUCCUAGACGCAUUCAGACGUUAG